AUGAUUUAACAUUAAUAAUAACAUUCAACUUCGACUUAAAUUAUGUAUAAUAAUAUUAGUAUGGAAUUCCAUAUAAGAGAAAAUAUUACUUAUUAAACAUUUGAUUAACUAUUAAAGGAAGUAUUUUAAAUUUAAGGACAAAUAUUAGGAUUAGUUGAUAAAUAAUCAAAAUCAGUUUAUGAUAUUGUUGAAUUUUGCAAUUUAUCAAAGAAUUUUAAAAGUGGAUAGAAAUUUUAACUUAUUGUUAAUUAUAAUAAUAGCACAGAUACAAGUGAAAAUUAAAAAAUUUUAUCUACUCCAACCUAAAAUAUGUCUAGGCGUUAUAAUGGAUAGACAAAAAGUCAGUAUAGAAAUAAAUCAGCUGAUUAACAUAGAAUAAAUAAUCGUUAAAAUUCUAUAAAAAAUGAAGAACAUAAUAUUUUUUAUAUAGAAGAUUAUGAAGCUUUUAUGGGAAAUAUAAUAAAAGAAGGAAGCACAUAAAUAUUUACAUUUUUAUUUUUGGAUGAAAAGAAUACUAUGAAAUAAUAUGGUCCUUUAUUAUCUCGUUCUUAUUAAUAAAAUUUUCCUUAAAUAAACUUUUAUUAUUCAUUAUAUCCCUCUAAAAGAUAAAGAGGACCAUUUUAACCUUCAGAUAAUACUUAUUUAUUGAGUUUUUAAAAUUUUAAAAUAAAAAUAUAUAAAUAAUUAUGUAUAUAAUUUAAGGUUUUUUCAUGGAAGUUAAUUAGUUUUUGA